AAAAUUGAAAAUUUUUUGUAGAUUGCUUCAUCAAUGUCCUUGUCUUCCACAAAAUGAAGUAUUUGCGCCUUUUACAAACGAGCUGUAUACGGAUAUUACACCAGUAUCACACCAGGCCUGAAGUGUUUUCCCAGUUUUUACUUCCUACGAAAGAAGUACAGUGGUUCCUUCCUCAUCAAAGGGGGUUUGUUUCCUCUUGUUCCAGAUGGUGUAACUUGAGCUUAACACGUUUCUACGCCAGUCGUAAUACGAAACAGGAAUCUGAGGCAUCAGAUUCCAAGGCGCGGACUCACUUUGAGAGAAGACUUGUUCCUUUUACAAGGGAACACUUAUUUGAAGUUGUGAAAAACGUUGAUGAGUACAAGUAUUUUGUUCCUUGGUGCGAAGACUCAAGGGUUUUUUACAAAAAAGGUAACGAGAUGGAGGCAGAACUGACUGUUGGGUUCAAAAUUCUAUCAGAAAAGUACAUCAGUCACAUUGUAUUGGAACCGCCUUGUUCUAUUCGAGUCAAGAGUCCAGAAACUCGUUUGUUUGAAUAUCUCAUCAAUGAAUGGUACUUUAAGCCUGGGCCAGAUCCACACUCAACAUGGCUUGAGUUUUAUGUCAGCUUCAAAUUUCGAUCUUUCUUAUAUCAGCACAUCGUGGAUAUGUUUUUUGAGGAUGUUGUAAAGAAAAUGGUUACGGCUUUUGAAAACCGCGCUAAACAUGUGGAAGAAGAGAAGAGAACCAAGCAUCUAGAAGAGCGAGUGCCUUGGACCAAAUAAAGCUAUUUAAUAAUUAAUUCUUGUUCAG